GACAGUGUGUCUAGUGUUGGUUCUCAAUCUCUGGGCACGGAGGAUGUUGGCGAAGGCAUCCGUCAUUGUCUCGGCGUUCCCCGAGGGGGGGCCAGGCGGGGCUCUCCCUGUGGCAGCAGUACCAUCAGCAACCAGUCGGGGCGCAAGUCUGUCACCGACACCAUGAGCACUUACAGCUUCCGGUGAGUUGUCAGUUCAAUUUGGUUCAGUACAGUUCAACUUCAGUAGUUCAAUUCAAUAGUAACUGCAUAGAUACUAAGGCCUAUCAAGCGUUCAAGCAGAUCAAGCGUUAACCGGCGAUAGCCGACACCUGCAUAGCUGAUGUUUUGGCGGUGUCGGAGGUGUAACUGCGUCGGAGCUGUCAAAUCGGUGAGCAGCUGCUCUUGAUCAUUGUCACGAAGCUACACCCGUCCCAAUCACGUUAGAAGUUCAGAAUGAGAAAGUGUAGCUAUAUAGAAAUAAUGACCUGAAAUUCUAAAUCAUUAAAUAAAAUGAUGAGGAUUUCUAUCAUCCUAAUGGAGGUGUAGAUUACAUCUCACAUUCCAGUGUUAGAACUUGUAAACAAGGCUGCAUGUCAAUGGCAAUGUCCGCUUUAGGUAUAAUGCCAGGAGCCACUUGUGGAUUUCACAGCUCUAACGCAGUUCCACCACCGACACCGCCAAAACAACCAUAUGUGGAUGUUGGCUAAAGCGGAUCUGAUUGAAUAGAUCCCUAAUACUGUUUUAUAUGUCCAAUGUUUGAUUAUCCUUUCUCUCCCUCUCACCCAGCUCCUGUGUGGACCCAGAUGAGGAUGUUUCCGAACCAGGGGGUGUGGUUGGUAAUGGGGGUAGUUCACGUCUUGGUCGGGCCUCCUCCUCCUCUGCCCUCUCCGAGCUAUUAGAGGGGCUUCGUAAGCGGCGAGGGGGACCAGAGUCCGGGGAGGGGGGUGGCAGUACUAUUUCUCUCCCUAUCUACCAGACGACUGGGGCCUCAACCCUCCGCCGCAGAACCUCAGCCCUCUCCCUGGGCCCCGAGGACUUCCAGGAGCCCCGCAGCAUCCUCAAACCUCCCUCCCCACUGCUGCCCCGCGCCACCAGCCUGCGUAACAUAGGCGAACCCCAGGCUUCAUCUGCAGCCUCCAGGGACUCCGGAGCCAAAUGCUAUAGCUCCUCCGAUUCUCUCUCCUCCCUCCCCUCUCUCCCCCUCCUCUCCUCCCUCACCUCCCCCACUGCCCCCCGCCGUCGCCCCCCCACGAUCUCCAUCCCAGAGGAAGAUGGUGAAGAACCAAUCAGAUCCCUGCGCUCACCCCAGCGCUCCCCCCAGCCAAUGAGACGCAGGCUGCUGGAGAGCGUCGUCAGUGAGGGCGGUGGAGAGGGCUGUCUGGGGUCGGAACCGAUGGUGUUCCAGAACCGCCGCCUCCUAAAAGACAGUAACUGUGACGACUCGGCCUCUGACAUUCUGCCAGCCAUCCGAAGGGCCCAGUCCACUAGCAGCCUGGCCAGUUCAGUCAGAGGGGGUCGGAGGGCACUCAGUGUCCACUUUGGAGAGCUGCCCCCCUCCACACGCAGCAGGAAGGGCUCCGACUCCAGCUCCACCAGCUCAGGAUCUGGGGGGAGCUCCCAGGGAGGAGGGGUGAGGCAUAGUGGAGGUGGGGGGCCGCAGGGAGAGAGGCUGGAUGCGGAGGGCAGCGAGGGGGGAGACGUUGCUUCUGUCAUGAAGAAAUACCUGAGGAAGAGUGAGGACCUGAGGAAGAGUGAGGACCUGAGGAAGAGUGAGGACCUGAGGAAGAGUGAGGACAUGAGGAGGAGUGAGGUUGAC